CGUUGUGGUGUCUGUGCCGUUCUUUUUACACACCCAUGGUCUGCGCUCCUCGUGACAUUGUCGCGUGUUCGAAACACAGCCUGCCUGCGGCUUCAAAUAAAUAGCUAGUGUUCGUUGUUAUUUCUUGUGUUUAGUUGCAUUCAACAAUCAACAUUUGACUGUCACAUGUUCCGGUCAUGUGACCUGUCAACACGUCAGUUCAUCAUGGCGGCGGUUUCGUCGGUUUUCCACAGAGUCAGAACUGGCUCUAAAAUAGGUGCCCAAUAUGACCAAGAAGGAAACCUGAUUCAGAGGUAAAUGAUGUGUGUGUGGCCCCAGGUGGAAACCAGAGAGGAUGAGGAGCAGAGCAUCAAGCUGGCGGAGAUCCUGGAGCUCCUGCUGGCAGCUGGAUACUUCCGGGCACGGAUUAAAGGCUUGUCCCCUUUCGAUAAGGUGGUAGGUGGUAUGACCUGGUGCAUCACCACUUGUAACUUUGACAUUGAUGUGGAUCUUCUUUUCCAAGAAAACUCAACAAUUGGCCAGAAAAUAUCCCUGACGGAGAAAAUUGUGUCGGUGCUACCAAAGAUGAAGUGUCCUCAUUGCCUGGAGCCACAUCAAAUCCAAGGACUGGAUUUUAUCCACAUCUUUCCAGUGAUACAGUGGUUGGUGAAGCGAGCCAUUGAGACGCGGGAAGAGAUGGGCGACUCUGUGAGAGCGUACUCCAUCUGUCAGUUCCAGAAGAGCCACAGCCUGCCGGAGGAUGAGGAGUUCCUUCAGAGGAAAGACAUGGCUGUGAGUGCAGUUCUGAAAGUAUUGGAAGUGUACAAACCUCAGAGGAAGUACAGGCGGCAGAGGGAUGCAGGGGAGCUGCAGAAGGAGGAGUCCAGAGUCCACUCCACUCUGCUGGAAUACGGAAGGUAAGAUG